AUGUCUGUGGAAAUAGAUUGGUUAUUAAGGGUAUUUCACUUGUUUGUACUGGAUGUGGAAAUGCUACUGUAUGAAAAUAUCACUUAUAAUUAGAGAAGUAAUCAUAUAUUCUCGACUGAACAAGAAUAUUAAAAAUCUGUUUUAAAAAGAACUACUUCACAUAUUAAACAAAGAAGAGAAAGAGAAAUUCAACUUAAUCUUACAUUAUCAGAACAUAUUAAACAAAAUUGGAUAUAAUAUUUAGCAGCAUUUACUAAGUUUAUUAAUUUUAUUGGAAAAUAAUUGA